AUGCCUGAAAAUGAUAAUUCUUACCAAGUCUUUACUGACUAUCAUAUGAAUAACGAAAUUUUGUAUUAUUCUGAAAAAAUAACCGGUGUAUUUGAAGGUAAUGAAUAUGAAAGUGAGGGUGAUACUUUAUCUAUAAUUGGAGAUACUAAUAACAUUGUUGAAGAUGACAACUCUGAAAAUAGGAUUGAAAAUGUUGAAGAAAAUAUAAAUAAAGGUAAUGAUUCAGAAAGUGAAUCUGAUGAUAGCCUAUUAAAAGAAAUAUAUACUAGACAGACUUUUACUUCUUUUGCCCAAAUUGUAGCAACAGCUGUAGUUUAUAAUACAACUAUAUCAACUUACGAGUGGAUUUUGAAACAAACUAAAUUGGCUACUGGUAACCUUCAAUCAACAACAAUAUUUACAAAUGCAGAUCUGGUGAUACAAGUAGCCAUAUCUAAUUGUUAUCCUGAAACUAUUGUUUGGUACUAUGCAUUUCAUAUUUGGCAAAAUUUG